AUGACAACGAAGCCGAAGACAACACAACCCUCUUCACCUCGCGAUUUUUUUCAACGAAUUUAUGGACAUUUAGAAAAACGAGAAGAUGAACGGCAGUGUGAAGAAACGAAGAGAGAAAUUCAUGAAUUAAUUACACCAGUACCGAUACUUGCAACACCGUUGCCUUUUUUGCUGCCUCCAGGAAACGAGACGCAUUUGACGGCGGCUGCCGCCGCGGGACUGUCUGCUUUCUUAGCGAGACGGAGACGCAAAGAGGGGAGACCCAGGAGGCAAAGGACGACUUUCAGUAGCGAACAAACACUGAGGCUUGAAAUUGAGUACCAAAGAUCGGAAUAUAUCAGCAGAGGACGGAGAUGCGAAUUGGCGGAAGCGCUCAAGCUUUCAGAGACCCAGAUCAAAAUUUGGUUCCAAAAUCGCAGAGCAAAGGACAAAAGGAUCGAGAAGGCGCAUAUAGACCACCACUACAGGAAAUUAUUAGGAGCUUUCCCUGGGACCCUCUGUCCGGUUUGUUUGGAUGGCCCCUGUUUUCACGUAUCGCCAGUAUUGCAAACGCAAUUUCCAGUUCUGCAAUCCACAAAUACUGAUAGUAUUUCCGUAUACAAAAAAGGCGAAAGUAGCCAAGGUGCCGCUGAAGAAAUAGAUAUUUUGUAA